AGCAAGGAUAGUUGCGACUCACGGCUACAUUCAUAACGGGGUCCAAAACCAAAGCAAAUAUAUGUAUCCGUCGCCCUGCUGCCAACACGCACCCCUACAUGGCGUCCUUGCGCUCGCAGCUGACAAGGAGCUGAAGGUACAAGUAUUGAUCAGGUUCAGACCGUCAGUAGGCGGCCAAUACUGGCGCGCUGACGGACAACAAGUUAGUCAGCAUGCCGUCUGCUCACCACAAUAUCGUGGCUGGCACGUCUAGAUGCACCACGAACGCUUCUGGUAGCAGCAUCGCCCAAGGAGGUCUAUCAAGUCAACGGCGUAGUGUGGCAAGUGUUCCGGACGACGCCAUAGACGUGCCGUCCAACGCACUCGCAGCUGCCGCGAUCGAGUCCUCGAACAAUUCCAAGAAGCUGCUAAAAAAUUUGACUUUUGCGCCACUGGACCUCGACAAGAUUCCAGCUUCACCAAUAAUAUCGUCCAGAGACGGUGAUGAUCUCUUUGAUAGCGAUGGCCGUGAACCUGCCGCUGCAGGCAAUCCUGCCCGAGUGGCGAAUAGGGGUGCAUCUGGCACGACAGGUGGACGAGAUGCACGGAGAUUACAGACUGAUUUCGAAGAACUGGACGUAAUUUCGCGCCUGUCCACUCAAAGGCGGCAAGCUGGUGAAGGCGGCCAUGAUGCAAGAGUCGACGACCUGUUCUUGCAGGUUGAGAGGCAAAGAACCUACCCUCUUAUCCACCUGAUUCAUCAAGACGUUAAGCGCACGAUUGAUACCCACCUGACUUGGGAGGAGCUCACGUCGGUGGAUUUGAAUUUUGCCCUUGUCCGGCCCUUGGCAGUCAAAUACGCUAAGCUCCGCAGCCCAGCCGUAAUUUACGGCUUCCUCUUCAACAAGAUCCAGUUUCUGCGAGAAGCUUCAGCAGAUAUUGCCUUCCAGCAGAUCAAUGCAACGCGCGGCAUGAUGUGCGAGCUCUUGGCCAUCAAGCUCCUCCGAACCUUCAGCGCCGAUGGCAUCGAGCUCGUCACAGUCCUGACAGCACCAUUCUCACCAUUUAACGGCAUAGAGCUUAGCCCACGGUACCAAGAGCAGCUACGACGCCAGCAAGAAGCAAAUCACAGCUUGGAUCUAUCUGAAAGCGACACCACGCGCCGUAAUGUAAUGCUUGCCAAUGCGUCCGGCUUUUGUUCCGCCAAUCCCAACUUAUCAGGUAACGGGUCUCGUUUCAACCUGGGCGGCAGAGGUCAACAGCGUGAUGCAGCUCAGGCGUCUUGCUCCGCGCUGGAGCUUGCAUUGUUUUCCUCCUCCAAGAAAUUCAUCAAGUCGCCACUCUGCCAAAAAGUCGUCCAGGGUAUCUGGGAAGGCACAGUGGUGAUUUCGAGCGCGUCCAAUCAUGCGAUUCUAAAUGAUGAUUACAAGCGCAAGCCGCUCAGCAUUUACGACCCCCGUACCGCGCCUUUGCUCAAUCAUUACCGGCUCAAAGUGCCACAAGUCCGCAGUCGCCUGGAGUUCCUCAAUUUCAUCAUCCUGUUUGGCUUCUUUAUUCUCUGUUUAGGGCAGAAGGAAAGUCCAACCUGGACCACGUGGGAGACUCUAUUCACGAUCUGGCUUGCAGGUUUUGCACUAGACGAGGUGGCUCAAGCCCAGGAGCACGGCUGGAAUGUUUACCUCGGCUCAGUAUGGAAUCUCAUCGACAGCCUCUUUGUGGUUAUUGCCACCGUGUGGCUGGGCAUGCGCGUCAUUGCGUUGCGCACAGACAACGCAGACCUUUCUAGCAUGAGCUUUGAUAUCCUUGCUCUCGGUGCAGUCCUGCUUUGUCCCCGAGUCGCCAGCGCUCUCGUCAGAGACAACAUUGUUCUCCUCGCGCUGCGAGAGAUGCUGGCUGAUUUUGCCUUCUUCAUUGGCUUGGCUGCUGUGUGCUUUAGCGGGUUUUGGUACGCCUUUUACACCCUCUCUGAUCACGAAAAGUGGCCUCCUUUCCGCAUCCUGGACAUGAUGCUGAAGAUUUGGUUUGGAAACACAUUCAUUGGCUUUGACGCGGCGCAAAACUUUAAUGAAGUGAUAGGCCCACCUUUGAUGGUACUAUACUCGAUCGUCUCAAAUACGCUUCUCUUGACGGUGCUAGUCUCCCUCCUGUCGAACACGUUUUCCGUCGUGCGCGAGAAUGCCGCCGAGGAAGUUCAAUUCCAUCAUACAUUCCAGACACUGGCAGGCGUCUCCACGGAUGCACUCUUCUCCUACGUCCCACCAUUGAACCUGCUGUGCGUUACCAUUGUCUAUCCUGCCUCGUUCAUUCUCACACCAAGGUGGAUACACAAACUCAAUGUCUUCCUGAUCCGCUUCACGUCAUUUCCUAUCUUACUCGGGAUCCAUGUGGCGGAGCGCUGGAAGUUCAGAAGCGGGUUCGAAAUCACAGCCAAACGAGCAGGCCAGGUCUUCACAUGGCUGCCUCUUUCUAUAAGUGGUAAGGCAGGCAGUCUGGAGGUCAUUGACGAAGUGUUCAUCAGCGAACACGACAUGGGGAACGACGCGCAAUCCUCUUGGGAAUCUGAAGCUCUCAAACAGGUUCAGGAGCAAACGAACGUGGAUGCAGACGCUGCGCAUCGUCUCAGCCGCCAGUUGAUGGAACAGCCGGGUGCUUCACCGCACCCAGACGCGCGUUCGAACGCGAUCCAGGAAAAUGAUGUAGGCACCGCUCUGUCGGGAGGCGAGAGUGCGCGACGGCGUCCGUCGGAUGACGGCUACAUUCAAGGCUUCGGCCACCUCUCUAGCCCACUCGCCAAGCUUUUUGGGCGGCGCAAUCGCGCGGGAGACAAUAUGCCAGACGGCAGCAACAGGCAGGUGGAAACAGAGCAACAGCCGCUCGACACUGAUGCGCUGCUAACCAAGAUUGAGCGGCUGGAGAAGCAGAAUGAGAGAAUGGAGGACUUGCUGAGGCGAUUAAUAGAGCGGUAUCCUGCCUGAUGCCACCGAAGGGCAACAGCACCCUGAUUACCAUGGAUAGUACUUGAUAUCUUUAAUGGCCGCCUGGCCUUCAGCAUGACAUUGUCGCGCGCGAAUCUAAAUU